GGGCGGAGGAGUUUUGCGGCGGAGCGCCGGGGACUGACCGACGGACUGACGGCCACCAGGUCCGCGCCGCUGCUGAGGGCUGAGGGCCGGUGGACUAUUAAACCUAGCUUGUUAGAGUCUGAGUUUUUUUCUAGAGACCUGAAAAAUGUCUGGAUUUCUGGAAGGCCUUCGAUGUUCAGAAUGCAUCGACUGGGGAGAAAAGCGUAAUACUAUUGCAUCCAUUGUAGCUGGAGUUCUGUUUUUUACAGGGUGGUGGAUCAUCAUAGAUGCAGCUGUUAUUUAUCCCUCUAUGGAAGACUUCAACCACUCCUACCAUGCCUGUGGAGUCAUAGCGACUCUUGCCUUCCUCAUGAUCAAUGCAGUGUCCAACGGACAAGUCCAUGGUGAUAGUUAUAGCGAAGGAUGCCUGGGUCAAACAGGUGCUCGAAUUUGGCUGUUCAUUGGAUUUAUGUUGGCCUUUGGAUCUCUAAUUGCAUCUAUGUGGAUUCUUUUUGGAGGCUAUGUCGUUAAAGAAAAACCAAUAGUGUACCCUGGAAUUGCUGUUUUUUUCCAGAAUGCAUUUAUCUUUUUUGGAGGCCUGGUCUUUAAGUUCGGCCGCACUGAAGACUUAUGGCAGUGAAGAGGCCCAAUUCCCCUCAGAAGCCCUGCUCGGCACUUACGUUGUGCUCUGUUUUUAUAGCUCACUCCCAGUCUUUUGUAAUACCAUUUAUAAACUUUGCUGAAUAUCCUCUUGGGUGAAAAGUGACAAGUUGGUUUAAAAAAAAAGUGGUGAAAGUGGUGUCAUAAGAGACUCAGAAAGUUACAGAAUACUCCAAAAUCAUGAACUGAGGAGGGGUAUGUGUGUGUGUAUAUAUAUAUUAUAUAUAUAUUUCUGUCAAGUUAAGUAAGUACUUGAUUCAUUUAGGAAGUGUUAAUGGAAAAUAUUUUACCAAAGUCACUUUGGUCAGGUUCUGUUAUGAUGUAACUCAUUUUAGAAAGUAAGUGAAAGAACAAUCUGGGGAAAUAAUUAUGCGUGCAUAUGUAUUUGGCAUCAUGUCUAAGGUCAAAUUGCAAUUAAAAGUGCUUUAAAAGAUUUAAUAUA